UGAAAUUUGUUCUAUAUAUUUGAAGAAAUCUAAGAUAUUUCUCAAACAAUUGUCAAGUUGUCCAAUCUAUUUUUACAAAUUCAAAAUGAGCAAAAAGCCCAAUGAAAUGACCAGGGUCUUGGAAUAUCUAGAAUUACAAAACAGACCCUAUAGUCUCAAUGAUAUAUUUCUGAACCUCCACAAGGAUAUAGGAAAAACUGCACUUCAAAAAUGCUUGGAUCAACUAGUUGCUUCUGGUGAAGUGAAAGAAAAGCUCUAUGGCAAACAAAAAGUUUAUGUUGCUGACCAAUCUCGUUUCCCUGCUGUGGAUGAACAAGCUCUCAAAGCUCUAGAGCAGAGGGUAGCAGAGCUGACAGAAUCUGUAGAUGGCCAGAAGCAGGCAGUGCAGCAGGCUGAGGCUGCUCUCAAAGCAAUCUCUUCUACACUCACCACAAAAGAAGUUAUUGCACAAAUUUCACAGUUGAGACAACAAAAUGAGGCUAUGGAAAGCCGACUCGUGCCUCUCAAGACCCAGCAGUCACCGAUAUCAAAGGAGGAGCGGCAACGGCUGGAGCGACGCCGCUCUGAGGCGGUCUUGCAGUGGCGCCGACGCAAGCGUAUUGCCCGUGAAGUGCUCGAUGCAAUACUUGAAGGAUAUCCUAAAUCUAAGAAAGAGCUAUACGAAGAUAUUGGAAUUGAGACUGACGAAGAUUUAGGUGUUAAAAUGCCCCAGUAAAUGAGAACAUUUGUGUCACUUCAUAAGUAUACAUUUUUGGGCCGUCAUUAGCUAUUUACAAAUGUUUCAGAGUUUUGGCUUGUACCACAUUCAUGUCAAUGCGUUGUCAACCAAACAUAAUUUUGCAAUAUAUUAACAGUAAUUCGUAUUUCAAUCCGAUUAAACAGCACAAAUUCGUCAUUAAAUGCCGCAUUCUAAUUUUUAGGAUUGCCUUCCCGCCGGAAUUUGUUCUCGAAAGAUGUAAUUGAACUGUCAUUUGUGCAAAUUGCUGACUUGCUUCCUUUGUUGAGACUGUAGAGAUUGUGGCUGAAUAACUCGUGUAUAUAUAUCAGGCUUUUUGUGCACAAAAAAAUUUGAAAUAAGAUUGAAACUAUUCAUUUAUAGGUAGUGCAGCCGCUGAAAUGACAAACGUGUGAAAGUUUCGGCCAACAUUGGGAGAUCAAAAAAAUGGUACAUCUUGCAUUAACAUGCAUCAAACCGAUGCUCUACCUACAAAAGCGUAUAUUAGAACCUCUUACUUUUGUGUUUUUCAUUCAUUUGAAGCAAUUUUACAUUGCGGAAUGGUGCCAAGCUGUGUGUACCGAUUAGUUUACUGCUAUCAAUAUCGUCUCGUAAAUCUGUAACUUCAAGUGAGGCCUGCAUCGCAAUGAAAGCUCUUUGUCGGCGCUCUCUAGGACUAUAGGAUGUGUACGUACCCUGCAAAUAUCUGCUUGCGAACGAAGCCGAUGUUAGGAACUAUCGCACGGCCUAAACAUCUGUGGAUGGUGAUUAUGAUUACGUGCUAAAUUUCAUUUGAUUUUGUUUUUCUUCGGGUGUUUUCUGAGCGCGAGAUGCAAUGUGUAUAAAAUCUUGAAGCAGGCUAAAAAAAUUGUGUUACUUGGUGCAUAAAAUCGACAUAAUUGUUUGUCCCAUUAUGGUCAUAUCGCUGGCACAGGUCUGUCAGGCGGCAAUAUUAAGCGCAACCUGACUGAUUAGAUAUUUCCACCUGAACCCUUCUAAGCAGUAGUCACUUAGUAGCAUGAGUACGAAGACGCAUUCGUGCUGUCCUCAUUUCGUACAGACUCCUCUGGUUCAUGGAAGUGUCCGGAGGCGCGUUUAUGCGCCUCCGGACUUAUAAAAUAUUUCUACCUAAACCUGAGUACAUGGAUUCGUUGACUAAGUGCGUGAGUGAUGAGUAAGACACCAUCUGUCCAGAGAACAUAUCUUGAUACUGUGUGGGUAUACACAAGACUUAUAUUAGUGGUAUAGGGCUAAGAUGUCGACCGUUAGGUCGGAGUAACUCUCACGAGAGUUACAUUGCGGCGUGCUUGUUAGUUACUGGGGGCUAUACUAAGGCUCCCAGACCAAUUAUAUACCUCGUACCUCCGUCCACCGGGUUCUUGUCCUCGUGACACAUAUGCUAUAUAAGCUGUCGACUUAGCGUCUGAGUCAAGCUCUCGGUGACAGUGAACUCGGAGCUAAUAAGUCUGCUGGUAAACACGUGAGGAUUUGCGCCCACAAACUCCUCUCGGACAGGUCUGAUGAAAUUCUACGUAAGUUUCAGCAAGCCCAUAUCGAAGUAAGUAAUUCGAAAUCGCUCAUAUGAUACAGGGUGAUUCACGGAAACUUAAUGUUUUGUAUUUCGCGCCAAGCGUCCAAAUAUUUCCUUCCAGUGAUGUGACUCCGAAAUAUACUCCGUGAAUUUAUGCUAGUACGACUCUGGGAGGAAAGGCUUUAUAUAUCGCGAUAAUACCACACCCUGAACGUUGAAUAGUGUUUUCUGAGUGUCUUAUUUCAAACAACCACGGGUUAAAAUGCCUGAAAAUAUUCAAGUGUAUCGUCAAGUUAGAGAGAAAAAUUCCCCUACCUCUUAAGUCAGUAUUUACAAAUUCGUAAGAUUUUCUGCCCUCAUUUACAUUUUUGCCAUUAAUGUUAAUGAAUCGUUUGCGUGGGCCAAUGUUCUACAACCAACAUAGAAAUAAAGUGUGAAGUCGAGCAUCGGUGA